AUCAGGUUUUACAAGAUAGACCGGUGGUAGUUCUUGAUGCCGAAAAUGUCAGCUGAGCAGACAGAGGACUUGAAGGCCUUUGAAAGAAGAUUAACAGAAGUAAUCGACAAGGUUCAGCCAACAGCUAGGUUAUGGCGUAUGGUAUUGAUAGUGAUAUCUGUUUGUACAGCUGCUGGUGCUGGCACCUGGUUACUUGAUCCUUAUACAACAAAAGUUUAUCUAUCUACAUCUUUAUGGAAUCACCCCUGCUUUACCAUUAGUUGUAUAGUGCUGUUAAUGUUAUUUUUGUGUGGAAUUCAUAAAAGAGUUGUCGCACCAUCAAUUAUAGCCACUAGAUGUAGACAGGUGUUGGCAGAUUAUAAUAUGUCUUGUGAUGAAACUGGUAAAUUGAUUCUAAAACCUAGGCCCUCCUUAUGACGUGACCAGAUCAUAGAUUUUAGAAUUAAUACUGAAGUGUAAACCAUCUGUGAUACAGCUGCUAUUUACAAACAAGUCAGAAUUUUCUCACUGGAAUAUUUGGCAUGUUUCAGGGUGGAAGAAAACUUAGAGUCAAACUCCAUGGCAGACAUGAACAGAUUUUGUGCAUCUUCAAAAGAUGUAUGAAUUGUGAUUGUUUGAAUGAUCUACGCUAGUUACUGUUUGUAAUCAGUAUGUGAAAUCAUAAAUAAUGAUUGGAAAAGACUGAAUGUAUGGAUCACUUUUCUAUAAUCUUAAAAACAGGGUUACAGUCAUGUGGGGAUAAAUAAAGGAUUGAAAGAAUAAUUUCAUUUUCUAGCUCUCAAGCCUCUUUUAACAACUUUUAACCCCUUAAAAAAUACAUUACAUUUGAGAUACAGCUUUUUAAAAGAAAUUGUUAAAUAUCUAUUUGAUUUAAUGUGUUUUAAUAUAUAGGAUAGGAACAUUUUCUGAUGAUCAGUCAAUAAAAAUUUACCUAGCACAAAUAUAAGAAGUUCAAGUCCCUGAAAAGGAUUCAUAGUUUUGCAAAUAAUGUUAGAAUUACAAUAUAUUAUUCUACUAAGGACAAUAUUCAUUAAUGCUAGUUUAAUAGACUUAUAGGGAAAAAAAGGAUAAAAUAUUUAUGAUUUUUCCUGAAUCUUUAUGGAUAAUAUUCAGAGCAAACUUAUAUUGUAAUGUAUAAUAGUAGUAGUAUAUGCUUUUUGUUGUAGUGGGUCUCAUUGGGGUCUAAGCGUGACACCGGAUUGCUGAUAAAUGUAAGCGUGACACGUGAAAAUCAAAUUUUUGUGCAAAGAAAACGGGAAAUAAAGUCCAGCAAGACACAGGAAGUUACUAAAAAAUGAGAAUUGCUUACCUACAUAGUGUAAGCGGGAUACAGGAAUCUGAUAAACAGUAAGCGAGAUCCGGGAUCAGAACCCCCAAAUGAGACCCCCGUUGUAUGUAUGAUGUUGUAAAUGUGUCAGUUGUCAAAUUGAUUCUGAAGUAAUUGUAACAAUAUUGAAAAAUAAUGAACAAGUCAAUAGUUCAACCACCAAGAUUAAAAGGUGAAAAUAAAACUAUUAAAACAGAAUAAGCUAUAAAAGACAUAAUUGUAGCCAAAUACAUCAAAGUAAAAGUUCUUUAUCAAGAGUAAAAAAUAAUCAGAUAAGAAAUAUCUUCGCGAAAUGAACACCUAUUGACAAGUUGCAAAAAAAAAAUCUUUUCAUGACCAAGUUCAAUUUCAAACAAAAAAAAUAAUAAAUCCUU